AAGAAAAGAGAUGCUCACUCCCCACUACCAUUCGCUCGCUCCAUCACUCGCUCCAUGGCCAACACCACAGACACAGAGCUCAUUAACCCAUCCAACACCCGCGUGGGCUGGAUCGGAACCGGCGUCAUGGGCCGAUCCAUGUGCUCCCACCUCAUCAAAGCCGGCUACACCCUCACCGUAUUCAACCGCACCCUCUCCAAAGCCCAGCCCCUCCUCGACAUGGGGGCCCACUUAGCCCAAUCCCCUCACCACCUCGCUUCCCAAUCCGACGUCGUCUUCUCCAUCGUCGGCUUCCCCUCCGACGUCCGCUCCGUCUUGCUCGACCCUACCUCCGGUGCCCUCUCCGGCCUCCGCCACGGCGGCAUACUCGUCGACAUGACCACCUCCGAACCCUCCCUCGCCGCCGAGAUUUCCGCCGCCGCUUCCUCCAAAGACUGCUUCUCCAUCGACGCACCGGUAUCCGGCGGCGAUCUCGGGGCUAAGAACGGAAGGUUGGCGAUAUUCGCCGGAGGGGACGAGUCGGUGGUGAAACGAUUGAGUCCACUUUUUGCCCUCCUCGGUAAAGUUAAUUACAUGGGUGCCACUGGAAAAGGUCAGUUCGCGAAACUAGCGAAUCAGAUAGCGAUUGCUUCCACUAUGGUAGGAUUGGUGGAAGGUAUGGUGUACGCUCACAAGGCUGGUCUUGAUGUGGGUUUGUUUCUUGAAGCGAUAUCGAGUGGUGCGGCUGGGUCGAAGUUGCUGGAUUCGCAUGGGAAUAGGAUUUUGAAGAGGGAUUUUGAGCCUGGGUUUUAUGUAAAUCACUUUGUGAAGGAUCUGGGGAUUUGUUUGAAGGAGUGUCAGAAUAUGGGUCUGGCUUUGCCUGGGUUGGCCUUGGCUCACCAGCUUUAUCUCUCGCUUAAGGCUCAUGGGGAAGGGAAUUUGGGUACACAAGCGCUUAUUUUGGCUCUGGAGCGCCUCAAUAAUGUUUCUCUUCAAUCUACAACGGCUACUUCGUCUUAGAGCGAGCGGUAAAUGUUAUUGGGUGUAUGCUUCAACAUUUGCUACUAAUGAAUAUAAAUAAGAUUUUACAUUUUUGCCAGCAA